AUGCUCAAAUCGACACACACACCAUCGGCAGCCGCUCUGGCACCGCUCCCGCCAGGAUGGAGCGAGCAUACCGCGCCGACUGGACAUACAUACUAUUACAACGCUGAAACAAAGGAAUCAACCUACAAGCGUCCAGGAGCCCAGCCGCCUCCACUGCCAGCGCAACCACCAGCUCCCACAUAUCCUGGUUAUGGCUCAAUCCCAUACUUAGCCGAUCCCAACGUUGCUAACGCUUACAUGGCACAAUUCAAUCAAGGCAACAAUGGGCAAAGGUAUAAUAAUAGCUCCCGAGGUGGGCAUGGAGGAGGUCGUGGAGGAGGUCGUGGAGGCUUCGAAGGUCGACCGCGCCCACAGCCUGUUGACAAGCCGAGGAGAAAGGAGCCGAUCCCAGGUUGUGAACCAUGGAUUCUCGUAUAUACCAAGUACUCGAGGCGCUUCGUAUACAACCCUGUCAAGAAUGCCAGCUACUGGCGCAUACCGGAGAAGUUGAAGCCAGCCAUUUUGGAGCUUGACAAGGCACGGCUACGGCAGAAAGCAACAGGAGAGAACCAAGGAAAGGAGGAUAAACAGGAUGAAAAUCAACAAGAGCCAACAAUACCACAAAAGAAGGACGCCCCAGUGGCAGGAUUGGACGACGAUAGCGAAUAUGAAGAGGUCGAGGUGACCGAUGACGAAGGGGAAGGGGAAGGCGAUGGAGAGCACCCCUCCAAACGGCAACGGACUGCAGAUCCAGAUGCAGACGAAGACGCCCCGAUGGAAUUCACAGAAGCUGAUUUUGCAGCUCAGUUACAAGCCAUGGGAGACGAUUACGGCCUUGAACCGGGCGACUACGACGACGGAAACGCUGAAGAAUGGCCUGAAGGUGCCGAGGGAGUGCCUCUAUCCGUAGACGACGCGAAAUACCUGUUCAAGGACCUCUUGAACGACUUCAACAUCAACCCAUACAGUCCGUGGGAGAAACUCCUGGAGGAAGGCAAAAUCAUCGAUGACUUGCGAUAUACAGCACUAAGCACCACGAAAGCACGUCGGGAUUGCUGGGACGAGUGGACGCGUGAGAAGAUCGCGGAGUUGAAGGAGCAACGAGCCAGGCAGGAAAAGCGGGAUCCUCGUAUUGCUUACAUGGCAUUCCUGCAAGAAAAGGCGACGCCGAAGUUGUACUGGCCCGAGUUCAAGAGGAAAUACAAGAAAGAGGACGUCAUGAAAGAUCACAAGAUCACCGACAAGGAUCGCGAGAAGGCAUAUCGAGAACACAUUGGUCGCCUCAAAAUGCCCCAGUCCAAACUCAAGUCCGAUCUUACUGCCCUGCUCAAGGCCCAGCCGGUGCACUUACUAAACAACAAGUCGCUAUCUACCGGCUUACCCGACCCGGUCCUCACCGACAUUCGCUUCAUAUCCCUCGAGCCCAAGAUCCGCGAUCCUCUGAUCGAGGCUUACGUGAGCAAUCUGCCUCCCCCACCAGAGGACCUAGAUGCAGCCAGGGACGACGAAGAGCAGCGAAAGCAGCGCGAGUCACGCGAGAAGCGUGAGAAGGCACUGGAGGAGAGAAACCGCGUGGUGGAGGAACAGAAAAAGAAGCGCGAUCGAGAGGUGGCGGCUAGUAAAGCCCGGUUGAGAGAUGAAGAGAGGGAGUUGGAGAUGGCCAUGAAGGUAGGAAAGCAAGGAUUGCAGAGCCAGUUGGCCAGCAUGAAGGUUGCAGAAAAGGAACCAUGA